GCACGCGGCGAGGGAGGAGACUUAGAAGAGGAGAGUCGGCUCGGGAACACAGCUACUCAGGGGCGUGGCUGCUGCAGAGCUUCCCAGUACAGCGAUCCUAGCUGGAGCCGCGCUUUGUUCUGGCCGCCGCCUCCUCUACCCUUUAGCGUCUGGAUCCAUCCUUUGCCUCCCCCACUGUCCCCUUCCACCUUCUCCCUGCAUCGGGGUUUGCAUCCUCUUCCCCAACCGCUGCACUCCCUGGCUGCCUUCACUCCUGGCCGAGUCGCUGCCUGGGAUGCUUCUCUGAAUUCUUCCCUCUGCAUCUUCUUCUCCUUCGCCCUUUUUCGGGUCUGUUUUCCCCAGGUACAGGUCGCUCCUCCCGGCCCCACCCCUCCAGGCCGGGAAUGUCCCUCGGAGCUCUGUGCCCAUGGUCCUGACCCUGCUUCUCUCUGCCUACAAGCUGUGCCGCUUCUUCGCCAUGUCGGGCCCACAGAACGGGGCCGACCAGUUGACUGUGCCGGGGCCGAAUGGGGGUAGUGGCUCGGGUCCAUGGUGGGCUACUGGCUACCGAGGGUCCCGCGAGGUGUCGCCUGGGGUGGGCACCGAGGUGCAGGGAGCCCUGGAGCGUGCGCUGCCAGAGCUGCAGCAGGCUCUGUCUGCGCUGAAGCAGGCGAGCGCCGCUCGGGCUGUGGGCGCGGGCCUAUCGGAGGUCUUCCAGAUAGUGGAGGAGGCCUGGUUGCUGCCGGCUGUGGGCCGCGAGGUGGCCCAGGGUCUUUGCGACGCCAUCCGCCUGGACGGCGGCCUCGACCUGCUGUUGCGGCUGCUGCAGGCACCGGAGCUGGAGACCCGCGUGCAGGCCGCACGCCUGCUGGAGCAGAUCCUGGUGGCUGAGAACCGAGACCGUGUGGCUCGCAUAGGACUGGGCGUGAUCCUGAACCUGGCGAAGGAGCGCGAACCCGUGGAGCUGGCGCGAAGCGUGGCAGGCAUCUUGGAGCACAUGUUCAAGCACUCAGAGGAGACUUGCCAGCGGCUGGUGGGGUCUGGAGGCCUGGACGCGGUGCUGUUCUGGUGCCGCCGCACAGACCCUGCACUUCUGCGCCACUGCGCGCUGGCGCUGGCUAACUGCGCGCUGCAUGGCGGCCAAGCGGCGCAGCGGCACAUGGUAGAAAAGCGCGCGGCUGAGUGGCUUUUUCCGCUAGCUUUCUCCAAGGAGGACGAGCUACUGCGUCUGCACGCUUGCCUCGCUGUGGCUGUGUUGGCAACCAACAAGGAAGUCGAGCGCGAGGUAGAGCGCUCGGGCACGUUGGCGCUGGUGGAGCCACUCGUGGCUUCACUAGACCCUGGCCGCUUUGCGCGCUGCCUGGUGGACGCCAGCGACACAAGGCAGGGCCGCGGGCCAGACGACCUGCAGCGCCUGGUGCCUCUACUCGACUCAUCACGCUUGGAAGCACAGUGCAUCGGGGCCUUCUACCUCUGCGCAGAGGCUGCCAUCAAGAGCCUGCAGGGCAAGACAAAGGUGUUCAGCGACAUUGGCGCUAUCCAGAGCCUGAAACGCCUCGUUUUCUACUCCACUAAUGGCAGUACGUUAGCGCUGGCGAAGCACGCACUGCGCCUGCUGGGCGAGGAGGUGCCCUGGAGCAUUCUACCCUGCGCGGCCAGCUGGAAGGAGGCCAAGGUCCAAACGUGGCUGCAGCAGAUCGGCUUCUCCCAGUACUGCGAGAGCUUCCAGGAGCAGCAGGUAGAUGGCGACCUUCUUCUGCGGCUCACAGAGGAGGAACUCCAAGCAGACCUGGGCAUGAAAUCUAGCAUCACCCGCAAGAGGUUCUUUAGGGAGCUUACGGAACUCAAGACGUUCGCCAACUAUGCUACGUGCGACCGCAGCAACCUGGCCGACUGGCUGGGCAGCCUGGACCCGCGCUUCCGACAGUACACCUAUGGCCUGGUCAGCUGCGGCCUGGACCGCUCCCUGCUGCACCGCGUGUCAGAACAGCAGCUGCUGGAAGACUGUGGCAUCCGCGUGGGCGUGCACCGCGCCCGCAUCCUCUCUGCGGCCAGAGAAAUGCUACACUCCCCACUGCCCUGUACUGGCUGCAAGCCCGGUGGGGACAUCCCAGAUGUCUUCAUCAGCUACCGAAGAAACUCAGGCUCCCAGCUGGCCAGUCUCCUGAAGGUGCACCUACAGCUGCAUGGCUUCAGUGUCUUUAUCGAUGUGGAGAAGCUAGAAGCGGGCAAGUUUGAGGACAAGCUCAUCCAGAGCGUCAUGGGUGCCCGCAACUUUGUGCUGGUGUUGUCACCUGGGGCCCUGGACAAAUGCAUGCUGGACCAUGACUGCAAGGACUGGGUGCACAAGGAAAUUGUGACUGCUCUAAGCUGUGGCAAGAACAUUGUGCCCGUCAUUGAUGGCUUUGAGUGGCCUGAGCCCCAGGCUCUGCCCGAGGACAUGCAGGCUGUGCUUACCUUCAACAGCAUCAAGUGGUCCCAUGAGUACCAGGAGGCCACCAUUGAGAAGAUCAUCCGUUUCCUGCAAGGUCGCUCCUCCCGGGACUCAUCUGCAGGCUCUGACACCAGUUUGGAGGGUGCUGCACCCAUGGGCCCACCUUAACCAGUUUCCAGUUCCCAGUCCCUGCUGUGUCUCCCAUUUCCAUGCUCCUCCCUGAAGGAACAGCUCGUUAAACAGAGUCAGCCUGGGCUCUUAGGAAAUGGCUCUCCCUGUCCCCUACCCUCAUGGCCCACUUCAACACCCCCUUCCUCAGUAUGUGGAAAGGGAAGGAAGCUGGGCUUGGGUGUGGGGGUUCCUCCUGCCUCAGGCCUUGCCAUCAGGUUCUCUGUCUCCCAUCCUCAGAGUUGUGUCCCUGCCAAGUUCUGGAAACGCAGGAGACUGAGGGGAGGGUCAUGGCAUAUUCUCUCAUAUGCCACCCUGAGAGUAACCGGCUUGAGAAGGCAGCCUCUGACAGAAAUCAGGGCCAUGUGCAGGCCCUGGGCAAGGGCCUGGUCCUGGGAGGCAGCCAUGGACAAGCCCCUCAAUGGCUGUUCGUGGGCCCUGAUGCCACUUCCUACUGUCUUGUGGCCUUGCCCUAUAACCACUCAGUGCCCCUCCCAGCCUUCCUCACAGCUGGGGUCAAGGUUGAGCUGAGCUGGCCCAAAGGCUGUAUAUGCCUCGGCUACUUUGCUGUGCUUGUGCAUGGGAGCCUCCUACCAGGGUCCAGUUCUGGGGAGGGAGGCCAUGUCUCAAAGCCCACCUACCCCAGGCCUUGGUGCUCUGCCUAAGAUGCCUGACCACCCAGGCCCUACUGGCUUCCCCAGCUCCUCACCCACCCAGGGCUUCCCACCCAUUUGCUCAGGGAAGAGGGGGACCAGGCACCCCCACCCCCACCCCAGCAGCCCCAGUAGCCUGGACAGCACCUGCAGCUCUGUGGGAAGAGUCAAGAUCCUGAAGGGCAAGGGUGAAGAUCUAGCAGUUUCUCCCAAUGUCAAGUGCAUUCAGGAAUCUUGUUAAAAUUCAAUUCAGGAGACCUGAGGCAGGGCCUGAGAGUCUGCAUUUCCCACAAAUCCCUGGGCAAACUGAUGCAGGCGGUCAAGAGACCACACUGAGCAGAAAGUCCUUCACAAAUCUUCUGUCAUUUCCCAAACACUCCAAUCCUGGUCUCUGUAAUCAUCACAGCAACCCUGUCCAGUACUGUCCCCCUGUACUGGAAGGUAAGGAAGAAAGACCGAGUGAUAAAUCCCAUUUUUCAAAUGAUUAUUGGUAACCCCAGGAUUCAGAGCCAGGUAUCCCAGCACCCAGGCCACUGAAGAUGGACUGGGCUGAUGAUUCCUGAGAAUCGUCUUGGCGGAUGAACCUCUGCAGGGCUGUGGCUUCUCCCAUGCUCCAGGGAAUCAAGCAGUAGGGGAUAGGUUUUAGCCAAAAGGCUGACCCAGGGGUCAUACAGAAAUAGCUAGGGAGGAAUGUCUCUGUGGCCCUCCCUCCACUGGAAUAGGAGGGCAAGAAAUGCCCUCCCUCCAAUAACCCACGCUCCAGCUAGUGGGGUCGGCUGUUACCUCCCUGUACUUCCUUCCGGGGGCAGUGGGUUCACACCUCCGGGCUGGCUCAGCUCCUAGACCCCAGCCCUGCAGAGGUGGCCAGGUUUCUCCUUGCUUUUGGACCACAUCAUCAGGAAGCCAAAGAUCUCACUGCAGGCUUGGGACUCCUUCCUUCCACUUUCCACCCUCCCCUUGUCUUAAGUGCAUCCUGGCCCAAUUCUGGCUUUGACCAUACACCAUCCUCUUCCAGACACUCAGCCCAAGUGCAUGCUAGUUCAAGCCCAGGAUUCUGUCCUGGAUGUAACAGACAAAGCAGACUGGAUGUUGCCCUCACACAGCAGUCAUUAAUACAGCGUCUGCAUACUCCCAGUGGGAUCUUUCUGGGGCUUCUCCCAUGCUCCAGAGAAUCUAGCAGCAGGUGAUAGGUUUUUAUCCCUAUGGGUAGUACUCAGAGAAGUUCCUGGGUUUUCUUCAAGCACACGCUCCACCACUGUCCACCUCUACUGUCCAGCCUUCUGCCCCGUCCUCUGUAUUUCCAGGCAAUCAGGAGCCUAUCUCUAGCUCCAGACAGAGCAACUGAACUGAGGAGCCUGUCCCAGCCAGGCCAGUGUGUUCAGGGGUGGUGGCCUCCUCUGCCAUGUCAAACACUGCUCAGAUUGCAGCUAGGGCAAACAGCUGGGCCCUCAACCUCCACCUAGAGCUCAUCCUGAGAUAGGUCUCAGAAGUAGCACCCCUCCCACAGCCUGCUCUGACUCAGGUCUGCAGAGUCAAGGUUUUUUGCUUGUCUGGGCUAUAGGCAUUGCCCCCAGGUUAAGGCUGAGUCAACAAGGUCCCUACCCCACCUCACCUGUCCCUCCAAGAGCUGCUCAGGGACAUUCAGAAAUCAAAAGUCCAGCCACAAUUCAUUUAUCCUUCUCUUUAGCCCAUGAAGAUAGGCAUCUCAUCCUAGAAUGUGUCCUGGAAGGUGCAUCCAGGUGUGGUCCCCACAUUCAGACUAUUUGGGGGAAUUGCUAAUCUAGAGGAGACUGCUCAAGUCACACAGCUAGCCAGAGUAGAGCCUGGCCUCAGGCCAGCUCAGUCUGAGUGGGGGGAGGGGCGCAGAUUAGGGAGGCAGAAGUCUGGCAACAGGGGCCCAGGCUGCAGGGGCUCUAGCCAGCCCUGAACUACCCAUUUCACCUGAGUGAUUUUUCAGCCAGCAAAAUGGCUAACAGGGCAGAUGAGAAAGUAGGGAAAAAUGGCAGCAGGCCAAGCCCCCAAGGGCAGUUCUGGUUUGAAGACUGAAGUAGCCCCUGAUUUGGGUCUGCUAGGGGACUUAUGGGUCCUCAUCAAAGCCAGUGCUUUAAUAUUAAAUAAGAUUCUGCCUUUCAACUUCAGGUCCAGACCUUUUUACCUCCCUAGAAAUGGGUCCCUCAUUCUCUGGGAAGCUCUGGUCCAUGAAUCAUGGAAAAUCAGGUUCAGCUCCCAGUAGACCUACAGAGACACAGGGAUGGGCUUGGCACAUGACUGCUGAAGCACUCAGCAACGACAGGUGUCAGAGGGCUGUGUCAAUGAAAACUGAUCCUGCCUGGUGUAGGCAGGAAGAUCAGCGUAGGUGCUUCUGGAAAGUGCAUCUCACUGACCCUCAGUAAGAGGCAGCCAGAGCCCUGCCCAGGGUUUCCAGCUGGCCUCUUGCAAGUCUUGCAGCUUAUCACCUGACAGCUCAGGAGGUAAGAGUGGCAAACCUGAGGUAACCGGAUAGCCACACCCAGGACAACCCCAUAGGUAGCCCAGGGGCUCCCCACCCAGCCCAGCAGCAGCAGAUGGCUGGAGUCUGACCUAUGGUAAGCAGACCAGGAAAACAGAGGGCCCCAAAUACAAUGCCUUAGGGACCGGAAGAUUCCAUUUGGUUUGAUUCAAUUAAUUUAUUGUGAUUGGCACAGUUAAGCCCAGGGGUGCAAAGGUUGUAGUCAAGGAUUGAGUCCAUCCACAGUGACAGUAGCAUUCUCUCUCUAGGGGAGCCACGCCCUCCCAAUCUCUCCCCCACUGCCCCAAGGCUGGCACUAAUUGGAUAAUACAGUCAUCAUUAAGGAAUGAUUGGCAGCUGCUGUACAUAUCAGGAACAUGUGGCUGUGCAGUUUGGGCUGGAAGGAGAGAUGCCAGCCCAAACACUCCACUUGCUCCCUGAGGUCUCACUCCAUCAGGAUUCCUUCCCUAAAGGGUUCCAAGUGAUGGAUGGCAUAAAAGGUAAUCAGACCUGCCCUGGAGUGGGCCUGUCAGAUUUGGUUUCUAAAUUCUAGACAGAGGCUGGCUCAGCUAUGGACCAGGUAGUACCUUGAAUGAGCUUGACCACCUUGUCUAAGAAGCUGCCCUUUGAGGGGAGCUGCAACUCAGCUGUGGGCUGGCUCCCAGAUGCAGACUCGAAGUCGGUGUGUUCAUUUUGCUCCUCUUGCCCUCUGCCCUUUGGCACAGGCAGAUCAGGGGUUCUAGGAAAUGUUCUGGAAUUCAGAGUGAGGAUUAGCCCUUUCCAGCAUCCUGUAAAAGAACAGAGAGAGGGUUCCGAGUUGACAAUCCUCGACUCCUGUCUGGAAAAGUGACACAGGAUUCACUCAGGUGGACUGUCCCAGUGUCCUCUCCUGAAUUCCUCCCUUCCCAAUAUGCAAGGUAAAGGACAUUAUCCAGUGACAGAUGUUUCUGGAAAAUAACUCUUAAGUCAACAGUGGCUCGUGGUCUAGAAUGCCAGCUACUUGUGAGGCUAGUGCAGGAGGACUGCUUGGGCAGUUUAGUGAGACCCUGUCUCAUAAAAAUAAAAAGGGACAGAGGUGUAGCUCAGUGGUAAUGCACUCCAGGUUCAAUCUCCAGUGCCAACAAUAAAAGAGACAAUGGGGGAAGAAGUCAGUGCAUUGGGCUAGCCUUUGGCCCAGCCACCAGGACAGAGGAAACUUUGUGGAGUCCCUUUAACAUAGUUCUGCUGCCCAUAGUUCCACCUGUAAAAUGGGAAUGGAAGGAAGUGAGGGGACCUGGGGAGGUAACAGCUUGGCCACAAAUUAGCCUGAUCCUUCCCUACUUGCCCCUCUGCCUGGCCCUUGGAGAAUGGCUCCUGGAGGAUUAGGCAGCCAUCUGCAAGGGGGCAAUCAGCCAGGAGGGGACAAGGGGAGAAGAGGUAGAAAUGAUGCUGCCAUUUCCAGGUAGGAGUAGGAGGAAGAGGAAACCUUUGAAGAUAAAGGGCUCCAUUAUGAGCAUGGGUUUAGGGGCCUACAUUACCCGAUCAAAAUGGCUGGGAUGAAGAGGAGACCAGCUCCCAGGAGGAAGGGGAAGCCCUUCAUGAAGUUCAGAGUGGCUGGAUAGAGUGAGUUGAAGAUCCCGGAGGCUGCCAGCAUGGCCAAGCUGCUCACACAGGCCAUAGCGGAAAAGAGAGCACCUGCAAAGAAAUAAAUGGCACACUCUGAGGGCUGGGGUGAAGCUCACUGGUGCAGUACUUGCCUAUCAUGUGCAAGGCCUUGGGUUCAACCUCCAAAACAGGAAGGAAAAAGGAAAAAAAAAAAAAAAAAGCCAAGUUCCAGAUUCAAAAGAUUCAGGGUAAAAUCCUGGUACCACCACACCACUUCACAGCUGUGAGACCCAGAGCAAGUCACUUAACAUCUCCCUCACCUGUAAAUCCUACCACAUCACGAUAAAGAUUCAGUAAUGUCAUGCAUGAAAAGCAUCCCCCACAAAAGGGCGACUACAUUAGUGAACUAUUUUUAAAUCUACAAUAAAAGUACAUGUGAUAGCUUCUAA